UUACUUCAAAAAGAAAUAAUAGUAAUUUAGUCAAAAAGUCAAAAAGGUACUUUGAUUGUCUAAGUUGCAGCGGAGUUGAAUCCCGGAAUUUUGAACAAGUCGGCGGCGUUUCAAUUGCUUCAAUGGCUAAUUUUAUAGCAAAAUUUCAAAAUAUGUGUAACAAUAUUUCACGAGGAUAUUGUCAUAAGGAUUUUCAUAGUGGAAAUAUAUUGCAAGAUAAAGUAAUUACUUACGUUUCAGAUUUUGGAUUAACAGGACCAGCAGAUAAGCAAAAUUCGAAUGACAAAAUAUAUGGAGUAUUACCAUAUAUCGCUCCAGAAGUCUUGAAUGGAGAAGUAUAUACCUUAGCCUCUGAUAUCUACAGUUUUGGUGUAAUUAUGGCUGAAUUAUCAACUGGAAACCCUCCCUUUUAUGAUAGAAAACAUGACAUGUCUUUAGCCUUAGAUGUUUGUAAUGGACUCCGUCCAGAAUUUGGAAAUGGAACUCCUGAAAUUUAUAAGAAAUUAGCUUAUAGGUGUAUGAAUGCAAAUCCAAAUCAACGACCAACAGCCGAUCAAUUAAAAA